CCCAAAUUGGUACAUCGGCGGACACCAUACCAACCCUAUAUAAAUGAGAAGAUUCCAUUCUCUUCUCCUUCUUGCGUAGGGUUUCAGCGAAAAACUGCAAUCUCUCUUUCUUCCUCAGAUGGGCUUUCAACACAACUCCAAAGGUGUCUUCUGGUAUUUUACUUGGGCCGAGGUCUAGUGUUCUUGUUGAGUUUGUUACAUCUACUCAGAAAUUCUUCCCUUCUCGUGUAAAUAAAAAAUUGGGGCCCUAGCUCUAUUAUUAUUAUUAUCUAUUUUUGGCUAUUUUGAAGUCAGAGAACACAACCAGCAUGCAGAAGGAUAGCAAUAUCAGUGCCCACCCAUCUGGUCGGGUUCGUCAUCGCAGGCGCUCAAGUGAGGCUUCUCCGGAUGCAACUAAAGCAAAUGGCAGUCAUUUACUUGUUGAUGAUCGAAACAAGUACAGAUCAAUGUGGAUCCGUGCUCAUUCGUCCGUGUGGAUGAUUGGGGGAUUUGUGUUUAUUAUCUACAUGGGCCAUCUCUAUAUUUGGGCCAUGGUCGUGGGCAUCCAAAUCUUUAUGGCAAGUGAGCUGUUCAAUGUAGUCAGAAGAGCUCAUGAAAGUAGACAUCUUCCAGGAUUUAGGCUUUUAAAUUGGCAUUUUUUCUUCACAGCAAUGUUGUUUACAUAUGGACGUUUUCUCAGUCGUCAGCUUGUGAACACUGUGACUUCAGAUAAAUUCUUGUAUCGGGUAGUGAGCGGCCUUAUCAAAUAUCAGAUGUUUAUUUGUUAUUUCUUAUAUAUUGCAGGCUUCGUGUGGUUCAUUCUUACAUUAAAGAAGAAGAUGUACAAGUAUCAGUUUGGCCAGUAUGCAUGGACGCACAUGAUUCUUUUUGUGGUGUUUGCUCAGUCCUCUUUCACUGUAGCAAACAUUUUUGAAGGAAUUUUCUGGUUUCUUUUGCCUGCGUCACUUAUUGUUAUCAACGACAUUGCUGCCUAUAUCUUUGGUUUCUUUUUUGGGAGAACGCCUUUAAUCAAGUUAUCUCCGAAAAAAACCUGGGAGGGUUUUAUUGGAGCAUCUGUUGCGACUAUUUUUUCUGCAUUUGUGCUAGCGAAUGUUUUGGGCCGUUUCCCGUGGUUAUCAUGCCCGAGAAAGGAUCUAUCAACCGGAUGGCUUUAUUGUGAUCCUGAUCCGAUGUUUAGGCCGGAGUAUUAUCUCUUACCAGGAUGGGUGCCUUCAUGGUUUCCUUGGAAAGAGGUGCCAAUUUUGCCUGUGCAGUGGCAUGCCUUGGCUCUUGGUCUAUUUGCAUCAAUCAUAGCACCUUUUGGAGGCUUUUUUGCUAGUGGUUUCAAAAGAGCUUUUAACAUUAAGGAUUUUGGUGACAGUAUUCCUGGACAUGGUGGGAUUACUGAUAGAAUGGAUUGCCAGAUGGUGAUGGCCGUGUUUGCAUACAUCUACCACCAGUCGUUUGUCAUGCGUGACAACUUUUCAGUUGAGACGAUUCUGGACCAGAUAUUGAGGAACCUUACGCACGAGGAGCAGCAUAUCCUAUACAUGCAGCUUGGGAAGAUCUUGGGGGAGGCUUGAAGCAUUUUUACCUUGUAACUAUACUUUUGCGAGCGAUGUAUAUGCUGUUUAUGUCAAGUGCGCCCCAUUUCAUAUUUACACAGGCUUUCAGCAUAUAGCGGCUGUGUAUAGUGUUUGUUUGUAACACUCUCAUCUCUUUCCCGGCCUUUUUUUCUAAUUUAAAAAAAUCAAGCAUCUGUAUCUAUAUUGGGAAAUUGAUUGUGGAACAGCCCUCAUGCUCGCUUUGGGUGAUUUAUCAAGGGCAAUGAUGAGAGAGCAAGUGGAGCCCAUUUCUUAUUGCUAUUCCUUUUGCAAGGUUUUGCUGUGGAUCA